GCGUGAAUUAUUUGCAGCUGCAGCCGAUUCCGAUAUUACGUAGAGCAUUUGGCGCCACAAUCUUACAGCACACUCGUCCUAAUUGACGGAGCGUGCCGGAAUGCUAAUCUCCACCUGUACAGCACAACAGCGAAGUUAUUUUUCUCCACCGAGCGCUUGUAUUUUUCCAAAUUGCGUUCAUAAAACGCCCGUGCGCCGUAUUAGACGAGUGGUGAAACAAUCCCUCGUAAGAAACAAAAAAAACCCACGCUCAAAACACAAUAUACUGUAUUGGGUUUUCUAGUCAUCCUUUUUAAAACAAAGGCAAUGCCAUGGCUGCAAUUCACUAAUACACAUGUUUGGACAUUACAUUGUGUUAUAUUCACCAGUCCUUUUUGCAGUAAAAUCGAUAUUAAAGUGAACAUCGCGUCCGCGUUUCUCAUUGGAGGCUGAUGGAGAGGGACGGUACUAAAAGAGCCACUCAGCAGCGCCGCGCACUACGAUCCUCUGAUUUGCAUCUCGCCUCCUAUAAAAGGAGCUCAACGCGCGAGCGACAUCCACAUUCGCUUCCCGUCUGUUCUGACCUGAAGCUGCUGCCUACGACGCGUCGACAUGCCCGAUCCUCCCGCAUCAAAGAGCGCUGGGCCGGCCAAGGUUCCUGCUCCCAAGAAGGGCUCCAAGAAGGCUGUGACCAAGGCUACGCGCAAGGAUGGCAAGAAGCGACGCCACCGCAGGAAGGAGAGCUACGCCAUUUACAUCUACAAGGUGAUGAAGCAGGUGCACCCCGAUACCGGCAUCUCGUCCAAGGCAAUGAGCAUCAUGAACUCGUUCGUCAACGACAUCUUCGAGCGCAUCGCUUCCGAGGCGUCCCGCCUGGCGCACUACAACAAGCGCUCCACCAUCACUUCUCGGGAGAUCCAGACCGCAGUGCGACUGCUGCUCCCCGGCGAGCUGGCCAAGCACGCCGUGUCGGAGGGCACCAAGGCCGUCACCAAGUACACAAGCUCCAAGUGAAGCCUCGACUCCACCAUUAAUUACAAAGGCUCUUUUCAGAGCCACCCACCUCUCCGAACCUGCUUGUACCAGUCCUAGCAGGAGUACUAAACGAAACUUCCAACAAAGCCCCGGUUCACGCGGGGACAUUGUUCGCUCAUUGAGUGAAAUGGAGAGAUGGAACGCAUUUUAACCUGUUUCCACGUGAAUAAAAGCGAUAACAAUAUUCAUGGCACAUCAUAUUCACCAGCAGGCAUUUCUUGGACUUGUUUGUCCAUUGAUUUCAUCUGCAGCCCAUUCAGAUACUACAUUGGAUAUUUGGUGCCAAAACCUUGCAAUGCAAUAUAUUUAAUUCGUGGUUGUAUUUUCGGGCAGGAACUAACAUUUUGCACGUGUGCAUCUAUGUAAAAGUAAGCGCCUAGCAUGGAUGACUCGUGCAGUAUAAUUGAUGAUCAUCAUCUCAAUGCCAAGAGAAUAGAUAUCUAUCCCUGUGAUCACCUUUCCGACAUUUUUACGUAUUAACUUUGGAGCUUUCGUGACUGCAGGAAUUAUUCUUUGGUUCUUUCGGUAAAGUCACGUAUAUAAAGAAACAAAUUGGUGAUAUCUGUCUGCUUAUAUGUCUGUCUAUAAUUUUUUUCUGGUUAGAUUUUAUGUCGCUAUUUCAUUAUACUUGAUGAUUGCUUGUGUUGCAAUCGAAACGUCGUAUGCUAUUAUUUUUUCUUUAUACGUGACUUUACCGAAA